GAGCCGGGGUAAGAUGGCCGCGCGGCUGCUGCGCUGCCGGUGAGGGCGGCGGGGCUGCAAGGAGCCGGAGCACCGAGCCCUCGGACAGGAUUCACCUCUCUCGCCCCUUCCCUUCGCCUGGCUGGCUCAGCCAGUGGUCUUCGCCGCCGGUCUUCACAGCCGGGCACCUUGAUGGAAGCAGAAGUUGAUGAUGGUUCGAGAUAUUUGUGGAGGUUAAAAGAUUUGAACUACAGUUGAAUAAAACAGGGGCUGGAAAUUGAAGGAUGGCAGCAAAUCCUUCAGGACAAGGUUUCCAGAAUAAAAAUAGGGUUGCAAUCCUGGCAGAACUAGACAAGGAGAAGAGAAAGUUACUUAUGCAAAACCAGUCUUCCACAAAUCACCCUGGAGCCAGCAUUGCACUUUCAAGAUCACCUUUGAACAAGGAUUUCCGUGAUCAUGCUGAGCAACAGCACAUUGCAGCACAGCAGAAGGCUGCACUGCAGCAUGCACACGCACAUUCCUCAGGAUACUUCAUAACUCAAGACUCUGCGUUUGGAAAUCUUAUUCUUCCUGUUUUACCUCGACUUGAGGCAGAAUGAGGAAUGUUGUUUCUCAGAACUUCAAGAUCUGAUUUUUGUCCCUAGCAGGAGCUGUCUGACCUUUGAAUUUCUUUACAUAUCUUAAAAUCUAUUUUUUUCUGUAUUUUUGGAAUUACCUUUCAGGAGUGUGAGCUCUAAUGAUGGGGAAGUAGUGUUGUUGAACAACAAUUUUUAUCCUGUAUUACCAUUCCUCUGUCAGGUCAAA